GGAAAGUCUAACGAAAAGCCAAGAGAAGGAUUCAUUUUACUUACAAAGCUGCUCCUUCUAAACCCAAAGAAGAGCCUGAUGGUAUCAUAUGAUCUGGACUGAUUGUACUCAGUCGGAGUGCCUAGCGGCAGCACUUUUGCUCCAGAUGAAACUGAUGUUUUUCCUGCAUAAUUCUCAGUCUGUCUGGAGUCGUUAACACACUGUGUGUUGUAGCAUGUGGCUUGGGCUCAACAUCCACAGCAUCUUAAUUACACAACCGAUUCGCUGCCAUUUAAAGAUCUGCUUUCCUCUUUUUUUGUCAUCUUUACUUAUGCUAUUACCCAAAAGAUGCCCAAGAGAUCCUGCUGUCUCCCACACAUGCACCUACGUCAGACAUGAGGGUUGCACCGACACGUUUGGCAGGACUACAGAAAGGGAUCCCGCUUGACGUUCCACGUGGAUAAAUUAGUUUUUCUUGUCGGAGUUACACAUUCUUUCCAUAUCUUUUACAACUGCGCGGCUCGUGGAAGACAACGGGAAAGACUUAAAAGGGCCUGAUGCACCUUUUAAGAGCAGCAUCAAAAAUGAAUAAAUCAUCAAGAUGGAGUGAGGGCUAGUUCUUCACAGACAGCGCUGAAGGAAACCCUCUUCCCCCCACCUGCCGGCUCCCGAGCGAGCGAGAGCUAGGACUGAGGUCUCUGGCAGACUGACAGUUGCAGCCUCUCCUGCUCUCUAGCCUUGCGUUUUGUUGAUGCAUUUGCCUUGAUUUUCACGUUCCUCUGCCCUCCCCUCCGUGUCUGUGUCAUGCUCUGUUGCCGGCGUGCCGUCCUGGAGCCAUGCCCAUCCCCGAGAUGGCUUUGAGCACGGUGAAGUCUCUGUACUGGGAGGUGUUCCCCUCCAUGGCCACGCAGCGGGUGUACUGCACGCCCGUGCUCUGGGCCGGGCGCCUCUAUGUGCUGGGAGGCUGCAGCGAGAACGGCCUCCCUUUGGACUCCGCCGAGGUGCUGGAUCUGGAGAGCCAGCGCUGGUGCGAGCUGCCCCCUCUCCCCACCGCUCGGGCCGGGGCAUCCGCCGUGGCCGUCGGAGACCAGCUGAUGGUCAUGGGAGGCAUGGAUGCGCAGCAGAGCCCACUGGCCUCUGUGGAAGUAUAUCAUCCUGAUGAGGGCAAGUGGGAGAGGAAGACGGGACUGGGGCAGGCCUCCAUGGGCAUCACCACACUGGAGAAAGAUGGUAAGGUGUAUGCAUUGGGCGGGAUGGGAGCCGACACGACCCCUCAGGCCUCAGUGAGGCUGUAUGAGCCGACAAAAGACCAAUGGCUGCCCCUCACCUCCAUGCCCACACCCCGCUACGGAGCCUUCUCCUUCGUGCGCGGUAACAAGAUCUAUGUUCUGGGUGGGCGUCAAGGCAAGCUGCCAGUGACCGCAUUCGAGGCCUUCGACCUUGAGACGAAGAGCUGGACGCGGUACCCGUGCAUCCCCAGCCGCAGAGCGUUCUCCUCAUGCGCUGCCAGCGACAGGGCGUUUUUCAGCCUGGGCGGCCUCCAGCAGCCAGGACCCCACAACUUUUACUCCAGACCUCACUUCGUCUCCACUGUAGAGGAAUUUGAUUGUGAACAAGGUGUGUGGUUGAAGGCCACGCGGGGCUGUCGCAUGAGAGAGAAGCGGGCGGACUUCGCAGCCGGCUGUCUCGGUGGACGGGUCAUCGCUGCGGGCGGACUCGGUAACCAGCCGUCCCCGCUGGCAUCAGUGGAGAGUUAUAACCAGCUGAAGAGGAGAUGGGAACCCGUGGCCCCGUUACCCAGCCCUCGCUGCUCCUGUGCCUCCAUUCAGACCCCCAACAUGCUGUUCCUCAUCGGAGGGGUGUCCCAGGGUCCCAGCAAUGCUGUGGAAGCCCUCUGUUUGAAAGAGACCGUCUGACACACACAUGCACACACAAUACUGGACAACUAUAACAAAUCCUCACAUGCUGUACUUUUUCAGAGUGUAGGCUCUGCAAACCCACACACACAUACUGACGUCCAGUUGACGUGUGUGUCUCUGACAAAUUCACAGACUUUCCCCUCAGAGGACGCAUCAGCUUUAUACUUUGAAUAGUGGAGACAAUCUACUGGGGCUUGGACAGUGUUCCACACCUCUGGACAGAAGAGUUUUGGACUGGACAUCUAAGGCAAGCAAAAAAUACAUA